AUGGCGCCACCACAUCGCUGUGGCAAGAACCUGGCCCGGUACUGGUUCUGCAAGCAGUGCCACGGCAAGCGCAAGGAGGUGGAGGCAGCGGCGCCCCAGCCGCCCAGUGGCGCCUGGGCUGCCCCCUGGGCCGACUGGGAUAAGUGGGCGUCUGGGGCCACGUCGACGGCCCUGCCCGUGGGCCUCCAGGGAGGCACCAGCCCCCCGCCGGUGGCUGGCGACGAGGACAAGCUGUCCGAGGAGGAGCUGCAGCAGCUCAUCUCCCUCAACCAGAAGAUGGGCAACUCGUCGGCCGCCUCAGCCCUCCAGCACCGUCUGGACAAGCGCCGAGUCGGGGAUGCGCCAGUGCCGCUCCAGGCUCAGGCGAACCAGGUCGACCGUCACAUCAAGCAGCUGGAGAAGAAGUUACAGCACGAUCUGGAUCAAUACACCAAGUGGCAGAGCUGGCUCCACGACAAAAAGGAGUCCAUCGGUUCUACUCGGCGCGAGCUGGCCGCAGAGGUGGGCAAGUACAAGUCUUUGGUGGAGCAGCUGCGUAUUCAGGUCUGCCCGCCUCCAGCGGCCCAGCCGAAGGCACGGGUGUCCCUUCGGGAUCUUUUGUCGGGCGAGAGCGACUUCCUGGACAUGUCCAACGUCGAGGAUGUGUUCGGGGUCGACAGCUCGGCGCACGAGGUGCAGGAGGCCGACACGAAGGAGCUGGAGAAGCGCAAGGCCCAGCUCAAGGAGGCCAUCCAGGCGUGGCUUGUAACCACGUCUGCAAACAUCGUUCUCGUGCAAGAGCACCACAUCGUAUCGGACGACAACGUAGCCAAGGCAGGUGUCGCAAUUUUGGUCCGCUCCUUCCUGGGCUUUCACGAUCCCGAGUUCGGUCCGAUCGUCGUCCCGUCCAGGGCUAUGAGUGGAAUCGUCCAGGUGCCAGGGGCCGUUACGGUUUUGGUUACAUCGGUCUACCUGUACGACAGUGAAGAGCUUACAAGCAGGAAUAUUGACAUACUGGCGGCUGUCUCGGCCAGACAUUCGCUCUACGAGGGUCCUAACGUGAUAGGUGGGGACUUCAAUAUGAAUCCUGAGGUCCUGGUCUCCUCGGGGGUUCCUGGUUAUCUGAAGGCGAAUGUUAUCUACCCUGAUGUGGGCACAUGUUCUAGUACUGGGGGUUUACGUGUCCUGGACUAUUUUGUGCUAUCGUCAGGUUUUACCAGAUGCAUUCAGGAAGUCACCGCCGUCCUCGAUAGCGACAUCAGGUCGGUGGCUAUCAAGGACUACGAGGAUCAGGAGCCCCUCGAGUUCUUGGAACCUUUGGAGGUCCUCUCGGCGGACGAUUUGAUUGCUGUGAGUAAGACUUAUGCUCUAGGCACGGCUAUCAGUGUUGAUGGGUUUCACAUGCGGCAUUUCGCCCUUAUGCAGCCCGACCUGCUGAUAGCCGUCAGCACCAUGUUUGCGACGAUGGAGGCCACCAGUCUGUUGCCCCACCCCGCACAGGUGCUGCCCACGGUAUUGCUUCAGAAGCCUGCAGGUGAGAAGCUUGGCGUCGGCGCCAGGCUAUGCUACGAUUCUGUGAUUCGCGACCUCAGCAGUUCAAAAUAUACGCCGUUCGAGAAAGGCUCGAUCAGAGCCAACGUCUGCGGCGCUAGUUGGACCAAGGAGCGGGCGACCCAGUGCGGUUAUCAACUCCAGGACACGUGCUGCGCUUUGUGCGGCGGGCCCUCGGACUCGAUGUUCCACAGGUUUUGGGUUUGUCCUGACCCUGAGGUCGCGGAGCUCAGACAGGAAAUUGUAGAUCCAGAGGCGGCCGAGUUUGGGGCUCUAGCUUACUCUAGUCUUUGCCUCACGGACCCUGCUCCAGGUGAGCUGGUGGGCCACUACAAGGUCUUGUCGCUUCUGGGGCGUGGCACCUUCGGAGAGGUCCUGCUCUGCCGCGACCCGCGCCGCCCGCUCCGCCACGUGGCCCUCAAGACGGUGACCUGCGACCAGCUGUCCCCCGAGGCCGCCGAGCGAGUGCGGCGGGCCGCGCUGGACGAGGCGUACUUGCUGCAGCGCCUGCGCCACCCGUACAUCGUGCAGUGCGACGAGGUGCAGUGGGACGCUCCCCGCCUCACGGUGUGGCUCGCCCUCGAGCACAUGAGCGGGGGCGACGCCCAGGGCCUCGUAGACCAGCGGCGCGAGGCGGGAGGCGACCUGUUCCACCCCCACUUCCUGCGCCGCGUGCUCGCGUCCGUCGGCAGCGCCCUGGAGUACAUCCACUCGGAGGACACCAUCGAGGACACCCUGGCCGACGACGAGGUGACGGACAGGCUCGCCGCCUCGGAUGGCGACUUCUCGCUGGAGGUGGGGGAGGUGCUGGUGCUGACCAACAUGGCGACACUCGUGGAGAACGAUGGGCUGUGGGACGACUUCGCGCUGGUCUCGGGCGUCGCCGCCAACUACGGGGGCGACUUCGUGGGCCGCUACGCCGCGAAGCUCGAGCAGCUCGACGACGCCUGGGGCGAGAACGUGGCGGCUGCGGGCGUCUAUCUCGGCGACGUGGACCACUACUGCUACCUCAUCGGGAGCUACUUCGACUACGAGAAGCAACUGCAGCGCGGGGAGGUCCCCUUCAUGACGCUGGAGCAGAUGGACCGCGCCCUCGGCAACUACAUCAGCGACCUCUGCUACUCGCGGGGCGACAGCUACAUGAAGGCCUCGCUCGCCUUCAACGGGUUCAUGCACAUCUUCGAGGCCGUGCACGAUGCCCUCGCGCGGGGCCCAGGCGCGGGCACGCCGCUCGGCGAGCGCCUCAUCAAGGCGCUGGUGCGCGGCCGUGAGCGUGAGACGGCCGUGCGCAUGUUCGGCUCUGAUUUUGCCAAGGCCUCUGGCCAGUGGCCGAGCGGGGAGAUCAAGUCCGCGCCCGACGCCAAGAAGCUGCCGCACGUCGCGAGGUGGUACGCGCACGUCUCGCACCUGGCGGCGGCGUACCCGAAGUGCGACUGGCGCGGCGACGCGGUGCCGGCCGGCAAGGCUCCCGAGCUCGGCGGGGGCGGCCAGGCCCCAGCGCCGAAGGAGGCCGCCCCCAAGAAGGAGGCCGCCCCCAAGAAGGAGGCCGCCCCCAAGAAGGAGGCCGCCCCCAAGAAGGAGGCCGCCCCCAAGAAGGAGGCCAAGGAUCGAAGGGGAGAUAAGAAGGCCAAAAAGGGCGACGAGGAGCCCAAGGAGCUGACGCCAGAGGAGCUGGCAGCCGAGAAGGCCAAGAAGCUGAAGAAGGUGAAGAAGGAGGGCGGCAAGCGCGGCGUGGAGAUCGAGGGCGCGGCGGACAUGGGCGGGCUGCAGUUCUUCUGCACCUCCGUGGACGAGCCGGAGGGCGACAUCGAGCUGUGCCUGAAGUGCAUGGAGGCCAUGAACGAAAAGAGCGAUCCCACCGAGGAGGAGCGCAAGGGCGGCUCUGGCCACAUCGGCAAGACGAUCUUCUCGGCGGGUACGGGGCAGCUGGCCGUGGUGGCGUACGUGCCUCCAGAGAAGCAGGCGGAGUGCUGCUGCGAGGACUGGCUGAAGGCCACACUGAGUGUCUUCCAGGGGGAGGUGGUGUCCGUGGCCAAGGACAUCUGCGCGGGCUUCGUCAAGGCCGACGCAGACAAGAACAUCUUCCCGCUGAAGAUCCGGGAGCCGAUGAUCCUGGAGGCGAACAACUUCCUGCGGAAGAAGGGGCUCUUCCCAGAGGACAACGGCGACGACUCCGACGAGAUGGUGUUCGGCGACGACGACUUCCCCUCCAUGUGA